GAACCUCAUCUUUGACUAUUCGUCGCUAUUCGAUAUGAUAAAAUGGCGACGAGUCAAUAAACAAUCUAAACGCAUUAUCGAUAAUCGUGUUAAAAGGACGCUCUACCUAGAUGUAUUGAGAAUGGAUACCACACAAAUAUUGCCGAAAGGAGUGAUGGGAGAUGGCGAUUUCUUCCGACACCCUUCUUGCAAUUUAUUAGCGCAUCAUGAACAUCGUUCUAUUCUACUUGCCGCUCACGCGCAGUGGACAACAAAGGAAGCGGCAACUUUACUGCGUGCGAUUCAGUUCUUUGGCAAAAACGCUCACACUGUCAUGCUCGAUUCGUCGGUAGCCGAAUUAUGUGUGGCAGGACAAUGUACAACAGAUAUACCGGCAUGGUUUGCAUUCCAAAUCGCAGCCGGUGGCACAGAUCCGACGCUAGAGUUCGAAGGGACUCAGACCUCAGGAUGGCUUCAAAGUGAAGCGAAAUUCAAUAUGUCCAGAUAUCUUAGUCAGUCUGAUGGAGAAUUACCGCAAUGGAACCCGACAACGCAACGUAUUCCGUUGGGACCACUAUUUCCGAAGGCCAAAGAGAUCACAUUCCGUUGUUCUGAUCCGCAAUUACGUCGCAUGCGUCGGUUGGCAGUCUACAAUGUACCGGCUACGAUGAUCUUCUCACCAGAACAACUCCAAGUAUUUCGCCUGUCCAUUAUUGGUGGACGUACCACCGCACCAAAUAACCUAAAACUACGUCCGUUUCGUGAAUGGCUUAGAGCUGAUCAACUCGGUAACAAGCUAUGUGUACAGUUCUGCUGGAGGUGA